AUGUCCCUUAAAGGAGAAGUGAAAAUUGCUGUUCAUCUUGAACGAUUCAGAAAUAUUGAAUUGUUUAAGCAAGGAUUAUAUCAGCUUCGCUUCAGACUAUAUUACACAUUAGAUUCGGAAGUAAUUUUGAAAUAGACUUUUUAUGCAAAUCCAACAGAACUAUGAAGCCUAAAUAAGUCGGCGAGAAACUGACUUAAAAAAGAUCCUUCAAGCGUUCUAUCAGCAUAUAUUGAUGAUGAAAUUCAUGCCUAUAACACUCGCUCUUUUCUAAUCAGAUAUCAAGAAGAAAAUUUCUUAUUGAAUGAGCUGUGUGUAUUUGUCUGUUCAGUUCCGGCUAAAACAAAAGUAGCCUUGACUCUUGAAGCAGAACUUCUCUAUAGUAAUUUAGAAAAAAAGAAUAGAAAAGAAGAGUCUGAUGAACUCAGAGUUCUGGAUACAAAUCCGGUCAUGAAGCAAGUUGUAGCAAAAACCUAUAUAAUUAGCAAUCUUUGAAAUCCUAUACACCAGUACUUGCCUAUAAGCUUCGAUCCGACUUAUUUUUGCUCAAUUGAUGCAAUUAUUCACGUUUUGCCAUUCUCUUAUGACAUCGGGCACAAUGGAGUUAUGAAAAUUCAAAAUGAAUGCUUUGAUCAGCUAGAUAAAGUUGAAAAAAAGAUUGCUGAUCUAGCUUAUUAUAGUUUUCUAGAUCCUUUAAGGCUUAGCUAUAAUACUAUUAGGGUAUUGGCCCUUUUAAUACAAAAUUCAAAUCUGGUCAAAUCAAAAGAUAUCCAAAAAUUUAUACCAAGAGAACUUAAAAAUCCGACUUUCAAUAGAGAGAGUAAUUAGAGAGGAAAACUGGUAUUAUUUUAAUCCCGAGCUAGCUGAGCUCCAUCUUCACGCCUCAUAUAGCACUUAGCACUAAAGCCUCAUAACGCCCUUUUUUCUUUGCACUACCAAAAAUAAUGGAAUCGUAAGUCUAACGAGAAGACACCCGAACUUGCUUGGACCCAAAUUUUCAGCAAAGGACUAUCUUAAACCUUAGUAGUGCUUAGGGUAUAAGUUGAACGUUUGAUGGCUCUUUCUGGAACUAACUCUACCAUUUGCUCGCUGCAGAAUACUCCUUCCAGAAGCACUUGUUGAUUUUGCGCUGUCAGCCUCUUGUCUUUAGGUCUAGGGAAGCCAAGCCAGCCCAUGCUUACACACCACCCCAGAGAAUUCGUCCAAUAAGAGCCUGCAGCCUCUCCAAAGUCAUGACUGAAACUGAGCCUGAACAUCUGGACUUUCUCUCACCGCCAUCUCUAAAGGUGAAAAUUAUCUUUCAAUAGAGAGAGAGAAAUCUUUAUUACUUAAAGGCCUUUAUUUCAGGGCCAUGUCCCGAUUAAAAAAUUUUUAGCUUUCAUCUUUUCCUAAAAUCUUUGGAUAAAAUUUUAGUAAAAUUUUCUGAACCCACGUAAUCCGCGAUUUUUUCGAUUUCUGAGUCUGGUAUGAAUUUUCUAUUUCUGAUGAAAUUUGAAUCUGAUCUAAAUUUUUAUUUUUCUGAUAGGGUUUGAUUCUGAUAUAAAUUUUAUUUUUCUGAUAGGAUUUAAGGUUGAUUUGGAUUUUAAUUUUAUGGUGUUCAGGAUUUUCUUAUCGAUUGUCUUCUUAUCAUCAAUGAUCACCUCAGUCUUCCUAUAUUUGAAGGUUUCCUGAAUAGAUUCUAUUUCAUCUAGUAUUUUUUCCAUCUAAACGACUUAAAAAAACUCCAAUAUUUUGUCAUCUGUAUCAACAUUUUCUGUAUCACUAUCAUUUCAUUCAUACUCUGAUUCAGAAUUAUCAAGUAAUCCUGUAUCAAUAAGUUCAUUUAAUAGUAAAAGUUCGAAAAAUCCAUCCUGUAAAGCUCCGUUUUCUUCACAAAAGGAAGAAAAAUAGGAAAUAUUACUUUCCGAAUCUUCCAUUAAAAUAAAAGUUUUCAAUAGAGAAGAUUUGCAAGUCAGUUUUUAUGAUCUAAUAGAAACUGAUGACCCUGAAGAAAUUUCUCAGAGGAUUAUGGAUGAGAUCCAAAUUGUGGGCUAUGAAAUCGAAAAAUCGUUUGCGAUGCUAAUACAACUUAUAGAAAUUUCUAAUAAUAUCCCAAUUGAUAUCCUAAAAGGAUUUUUUGAGCAGCAAGUUAAUAAGCAUUUUCAAGAGUACAUAAUAAUUGAAAAUAAGUCCCCAAGUAUCUAUCGAAAUUGCAGAGAGUAUGCUCAGAAAGCUGAAGAAAUCCGCAGAUCUCCUUAUUAUGAAAAUUUAGAAAGACUGGAAAUUCAUUCAGAAGAUCUAUACCAUGAAAAUGAUUGCCAUCCUAUAUUUUUUCUAGAAAAUUAUAAUACAGUAGAGACAAGCUUGCUUCAGUGCCAAGCACCUAUUAAAGUAGAUCCUCAAGACCUGACAGUUUGCAAAAUAAAUGACAUUCAUGUAUUAGUCCUUGUUCAUGGAUACAAAGGUUGCUCAGCUGACAUGCAUCUCAUAAAAGGCUAUAUCAACCAGAUUUACCCAGAUAUUCACAUUUUAUCAUCUAAAACUAACGAAUACCAAUCAGAUUCCCUAAUUGGUUUGCAAGGAUACAAUUUGGCUUCUGAAAUAAUCCAAUACAUAUCCAUUAAUCGUAUUCCUCUCCACCGCUUAAAACUUUCUUUCCUUGGCCAUUCUUUGGGUGGACUCAUAGUCAGAUCAGCUCUUCCUCACUUAUCACGUCUAAAAGAAAACUUAUAUUCCCUUGUAACCUUAUCAUCUCCUCAUUUAGGCAUUGGCAUGUCAAGGAACCCACUCCUCGAGCUAGGAAAAUGAUUCAUAAGAAAUUAUCAAGGAAGCGAUUCUUUUUCGCAAAUGACUUUCCAAGAUUCAGCUAAUUUAAAAGACAGCUAUAUUUAUGAAUUAAGUCAGCAUCAAGGCUUAGAAUGAUUUGAACACAUUUUAUUAUUUAGUUGUCGAGAUGAUCCUUAUGUUAACGAAGAGUCUGCAAGGAUCCAGAUGAGCUCGCAUAUGAAAUAUUCAGCAGGAUAUGAAGAAAUGAUAAACAAUAUUUGGGGGAAAGUUAAUAUGGAAAGAAUCACAAGAAUUGAUGUGCACUUCAAGCAUGAAGAUUUGAGGAAGCAGUGCUUGUGCUGUGGGAAUAGACAUAUUGAUUUUAUUGACAACUCUUGCUUCAUCAGGAUGAUUUGCUACAGCUUCCCUAUAUUGUUUACAUAA